AUGGCUUUCAUUCAGAUAGCGAUAGCGCGUGGGGUCGUUCCAAACCAGAGUCUGGGUCCCUUGUCUUUUCGGCCCGUUUGUCGGACGUUACUAGGGACCCUGAUCUCGAGCAACCUCAUGUGGAGACUCAUCCAGGUGCUCUCCGAGUUUUUGCGAGGCCCAUGUGAGGAGUGGCAAGCCCCUCUGAGAGCCUCGAAGAUGACUUUGUUGAAGGCUGAUGCAGGUGAUGCUGAUGGAUUUGGCCAGCACAGGACUCGACAACCAAGCGAGUAUGACACGGCCAUUGCUGAGGACCAUUGCGUGCGCAGCCCGAUGACAGACCUCUGCAAGAUUGAGCCUGGAGAUGGAUCUUCUUGGAUUACUAGAAGCAUCGCCAGCUCCAAAUCUGCGAGAGUUUCAAGAGAUAUCCGGCAUCCUUUUUUCUGCAAACCCAAACUGGCGGUGAUCAGGGAGGAGAUGCAAAUAAAUCCACAGGUGCCGGUUGAUGAGGCUGGAAAGUCAGUUCCGCUGACCAGUGCCAAUCAGCCAAAAGAAUGUUUGCCAUGCCCUUUUUUCUUAUCCAAGUCAGGCUGUGCCCGCGGACUGCAGUGCGAGUUUGACCACUGCUCGCGUCCGCGCAGUCGCAAGAAGUGUCUCAUUGUAGAAAGCAGCAUACAGUAA